UCUGCUAGAUUUUCACUUAUCAUCUCAGUUACUUGCCGGAAAGGUGUGCGUCUGUCACCUUCACGCAGUUCUCUCGAAGAAGUAGUUCAUACGUAUCGUUACAAGUGGACUAAAAUGGCGACAAAACGGUCAACACGCGAAGCUGUUGUAAAGGUACAGUUAUUGGAUACGAGUCCUGUGGAUGUCUCCCGAGCAGUCCGUAGAUCCUCACGAAACACCCUGCCAUCUAAACGCUUCCAGUACUCUCCUGAAAGCAGCGCAGCAGAAACACGCAAAAGGAAACGGCGAACAAAAACACACAAUGACAGCCAGAAUGACAGAAAGGACAUUAAGGAGGAGGAGGAUGUUAAAAAGAGUGAUGUGGAGCGCACAUUUGGUGGACACGGAGGACUCUCUGCAUAUGAACUUGAGCGCCUGGAGAACAUCAGACAGAACCAAGCGUUCCUGUCUUCUAUCAACUUAUUCCAGGCAACUGAGGAGUUGAAGCAGUUGACACGGCCAAAGCCAUCGCAGAGGGGUCUCAUGAGGUCACAGACUGCUGUAAAAGAAAUGCUGCCACCUCGCAAAUCCCUGCGUCUCCAAAAUAAAGAAGCAGAGAUCUUGACACUUCCCCCUGAACCCAAGGGGAUGCUGAUCUAUGAAGAGUCUUUGCCACUCAAGAAGCCUCCUGGGCCCCUGCCCAUGGAUCCCGUUAACAUGGAAGAGGGAAGCAAGCUGCCUCCACAACUUCUUGAGCUGUGCUCUGAGGAUGUAACAGAAGAAAGGAAGAUGGAACUUGAUCUGAAUGAGUACCGCUCAUUCCUUAAGAACAUGAAGAUAAAUGAGGACAGAGUGGCCAAAGUAGUGAAGGGCUGCAUCUUCUCUGCUGCCUUCCACCCUUGCACCAGCAGCCUGUUGAUGGCUGCAGGAUCCAAGACAGGGCAAGUUGGACUCUGGAAGUUGGGUGGUGAUUGGGGUGAUGAUGGCGUGCUGCUCUUUGAGCCCCACACUCGUUCAGUGGCCUGCAUGGCGUUCUCCAGGGCUCAUCCCACCCACCUGCUGAGCCUCAGCUAUGACGGAUCUCUACGCUGCAUGGAUGUAGAGAAGGCUGUCUUUGAUGAUGUGUAUGGCAUUGAAGACGGACUGAAAACAUUUGACUUCAUGUCACAUGACUGUUCAACACUAGUGGUUGGGAGCUGGUAUGGAGAAGUUGCCAUUGUUGAUAGACGCACCCCAGGAAACUCCCAUGAGUCCCUACAUUCAUUGGACCUCAAGGUCCGUUGUGUUAGCGUCCACCCUCUACAGAAGCAGUACUUUGCUGUGGCAGAAAGCAAGGUAGUGAGUAUUUACGACAGCAGAUGCCUGAAGAAGACUAAAAGUCAGACAGUCUCCCAGCUGCAUGGCCACUCUUUAAGCAUAAACAGCGCUUAUUUCUCCCCUUGUUCAGGCAACAGAGUUCUCACCUCCUGUAUGGAUAACUACAUAAGGAUAUAUGACACAUCUGCAAUGACCACUAAAUCUCCCUUGCUGAAAUCCAUCGGACAUAACAUGCACACAGGCCGCUGGCUGGCCAAAUUGUCAGCUGUGUGGGACCCCAAACAGGAAAACUGCUUUGUGGUGGGGAGCAUGAUGAGGCCUCGGAGGGUGCAGGUGUUCCAUGAAAACGGCCAGCCGCAGCACUCCUUCUUAGAUGACGAGAACCUUAACACAGUGCUGUCCGUCACUGCUUUCCACCCCACAAGGAACGCCUUACUGGGUGGCAAUGCGUCCGGGCGCCUGCAUGUCUUCUCCGACUGAGAUGUAUGACCAAGACCCUCAGGGUGCUUUCAGUAGGAUAGGAAGAACAAGUAAGGAAAUAGUUUUGUCACAGUCAAGGUGUGAGAAUAAUGACAAUGUUGUUACCAGUCUGUCGUCUCUUGCUUGUUCUCCCUGCCGGAUCUCUGUAGAACUUUAACACAAUAUUGUCAUAAUUCUCACACUGUAGCUUAGUAACAUUUCUGAAAUGAAAAGAUUAUACUCAUUAAGCCACUAGUCAUGUUGAUAAAGAUGUUACAGUCUAAACAUUCAUACACUGUGAGGUAACACAGUAUCAUUAACAAAUUUUCUUCCUCAAUAUUCACAGCAAAAUACACAUUUAUUGCUACAUUGAGUAGGCAGUGUCAAAACCAUAGACCGGUCAGCCGUGAUGCAACCUGCUCUUAAAAGAAAUCCAGUGAAACGCAUCUCGGCCUAAGAAUUUGAUGGAGCGUCUAUACAGUUUUCAUGUUUCCUUACAAUAAUGUAACACAGAGACUCGGUCAUGUCAAAGGGAAAACAGAUCUCUACAAAUUAUUCUACACUCAGUGGCCACACUACUAGAUACACCUUUCUUAUUUUGGGAAAGACAGGAUUGUAUCACACAGUUGCUGUACAUUCACGCUGCGAAACCCCCGUUCUACAAAACCCUAAAAGUGCCCUAUUGGAGUGAGAUCUGGUGACUGAGGCCACGUGAUAAGCUGAUAAGAUAUUUGCAGUAAUGAGCAGGUGUACCUAAUUAAGUGGCUACUGAGCGUUAAUUAAGUACUAAUGUCAAACACAACUGUAUUCACCCUUUUCAGCUUUGAGUCUACUGCAUGUGGAUAUCAGCUUUGCACACACAGGACACUGCACUCCUCUUCAACCUCUUGUCACGUUGCACAGGGACUGAGUGAACAGCAGGGUACACUACAAAUUGACUGAAUUGAGGUCUGGGCUCCACUCUUGUGGAUUUGUUGACUUGCUGGAAAAUAAGUUAAGUCACUUUGCUCAGCGAUUUAUCUGCGUUAUGCAGCAUUAAUUUUAUUCACUCACCAAAUGCAAUUUAGUAUGAUGGCCAAAAAGAUCAGUUUUCUUCCACACUGGCAAGCUUUUGGCAGUUUAACAGCUGUGCCAUAUGGUUUCCUCUUAUUAAUAAUCAACAAGCGAUCUCUCAUUCAACUUAUGUGAAAAAUGCAGUUAAUCAGUUACUACAGUUUUAUACUUAAUUUAGGUCAGUAUGAAGACUUGUCCACUUUUGUUUGUGAAUGUUUUUUUUUUUUGU